CUCCUAGUCCCAGUCCCAGUCCGUCUGCCCCAUGCCAAGCUCUUCGGCUUGCCCCUCUGCCCCCUUCUGGCUCUUGUCAAGCAACUCGGUGGAACGCAGCGUCUGUGGUGGAACAAUUCGUCUUCCCCAACUUCCAUCAAUCUUUCCGUCUCCUCCACCAACGACAAGCGGCGGAUUGUCCAUUGCGAUUCAACUUCGCCGGCUUUGCCGUUCAAAGUCCACAACGAGUCUAUUCACACUCUAGACCCCGUCAUCCCAGCAAUAUCGCUCCUACCAAUUGUCCCGGUCUGGUCAGGGAUCUCCAACCUCUUGGUCUAGCCCAAACUUCCAUACCAUACCGUAAGGAACUCAUACGGAUGAAGGAGAACCUUGUUCAUUUUGUUCCUCUCACAACGUUCUUCUGCUCCGAAAGCUACCGCGCCGCCGCCUCGGCGCUUCCCUGUCGGCGAAAUAAUCCCUUCUCCACGCCAGACUACUGACCACCUUGCGGCCCUGUCCUUCCCGUGCCAUCGGCCGGUUCGUCUCAAGUUCUCAACUCCUCUUAUUGCAACAACAUCCACACAGACGCCAUCUUACCCGGUCAGGACAGCUUUCACGCCGCCCAUCUGAAUUGAGCUUCUCUCUCUCUCGUGUUUCUUGGCUGCGUGGUCACAAAACUUCCCCACGGUCCGACUCGCGCGCCACAUGCGACUGGCCCUGCAACACCAUCACCAGAGCUUCAAUCGAGAUUUCUGCCGCCUGCGGUUGGCACGCAUCCCAAGGCCGCCUGCGCUUCAAGUAGACGAACCAGCCCACCCUGGGAAUCGCGAGCUUUCAGUUCUGCAUUAGGAUACAUCUAAAGCAACUCGCGAAUUGGUGGAAGAAACUACCUGGCCCCGGCAAACCGGUCUAUAGGGCUCUCUUCUCGUCGUCAUCGUCUAGUUGUAAUCGCACACGGACGGGGCUUCUCUUACUCUUAUCAAUCGCAACCUGCGGAGCGCAUAUCACGCCCCCGAUUUCAAGGGCACGUCGUAUGCACCAGCCUCACGACGACCCCCACCGGCUUGCUCUUCCCGGCCGCAUAUCUAUCUAACACCAUCAGAUCACCUGACGCACCUCGGCCCUGUUCUGUCUUCUCUAUCACAGCACACCUUUCAUCCCCCGCUGUGGCCCCCUCGAGUCUGCUUCCAUUCGUCCCUCGAACUGUCAUAAUCUUACUUGGAUCACCGCUUCGUCUUGUCAUGGGAUUUUGGCUAGACAUAUCCGACAUCACUAACCACCGCCACCAUACUUCCUUACGGUCAACCCAGUCGUUCUGAAGGAGGAGAAGGGGAGGGAGCGGCUUAUCGUGGCUUUGUUUCGUAUUCAACACCUCACUACACUGUCCCGGGAGUGACAGCUCGCUUCUCGCAGCUCGACAUUCAAGGCUCCUCAAGCGCUGCCAUGGCAUCAGUACAUCAACUCGGCGUUGGACCAACACCGGCGCGCCCUCGAAGCAUGGUUGGGUCAGGUAACCAAGACGUCGAGAUGGAUGUUGACCGCAACGCCAGUCCUGCUAUCACCACGGGCACGAGGUUCGGGAGUGCUCCUCAAAGGGGAGACACGAGGAUCGUAGUCAUCUUGUACGGCGCCGGCCAGGACAAGAUUGUGUCCGUCUUCGCAGAUGUUCUGGGGAAGCCAUUCGCUACCCGCUCUGCAUUUCAGGAGGUCAGCGUAGCUGACCAAGGGCUUGUGGUUGGCAUUCCGGCAGAACUUGCUGCAAAGGACAUCACCUCCCGCAACAAGGAGCUCGUCGUGGCGAUCAACGCCCACUGUGUCAACCUCGGGAUGCCACCAGAUGUGUUUCUCUCAGCUCAGUGCGACUACGAGUUCCUCUACACCGAAGCACCAUUCUUUCGUCGAGACUUGUCCAGAUUCAUCUCUUUCACUCUGGGCCAGAUCUGCCACCACGAGACGUUGAUGCAAAAACCGCGAACGUACUUCAUCUCUACUACAUUUCCAGACGUCAGUGCUGCGUUGCCAAAUAUCGACAUCCUCACCGUCGGCGCCGACGCAGUGGAAAUUCGUGUUGAUCUUCUAAAGGAGCCCCUCGGCGACGGCACAUAUUCAGCCAUCCCGAGCCUUAGCUAUGUCGGACAACAGCUGAUGCUCCUGCGCCAGCGGACAGAACUCCCGAUAAUCUUCACCACUAGGUGUACGAGAGAAAAUGGUCGUUUCCCUAUGGAGAACCCCGAUAUUUACUAUGAAUAUCUCUACCGAGCAAUCCAAUGGGGAGUUGAGUAUAUCGACGUGGAACUCUGGCUCCCGGAAGCCAUUCGAAAGAAGCUUUGGGAACAGAAGGGAAGCAGUCGUAUCAUGUCUGCGUUUCACGACUUCUCUGGUACCUUCAAAUGGCCCUCGUCCCAAGCCGAGCAGGUGUACGUUGAAUCAAGCAAGUACGCCGAUAUCAUCAAGAUGAUUGCCAUCAUCAACGACCACAACGAAAACUUCGAGUUGGAGUACUUCCGCUCGAAAAUGCGAGCAGAUUAUCCGGAUUCCCCGCCAUUCUCUGGAGUUAACAUGGGAGAAACUGGCCAGUUCUCACGUACUCUGAACAAGGUGUUCACCCCUAUCACUCAUCCCUUAUUGCCGAUAGUCGCAGCCCCAGGUCAAAUGAGCGCGUCGGAGAUUAACGCGGCUUUGGCACUGCUUGGACAGCUUCCCAAGAAGAGCAUAUAUGGCAUCACAACACCGGCUUUCCGAAGUUCAACUCCGCAAGCACCAUUCUAUGAGAAGUGCUUCAAUGAACUGGGCCUGCCGCAUUACUUUGCCGUUGUAGAGCGCUUGCCAAACAACUUUUCAAGCAUGGAGGCUUGGUGUAAUCAAAAGAACUUUGGUGGUGCCUACCUCAGCCCGCCAGUGUCGUGGAGUAGCCUCCUCAAGGCCAGCCCGUUCUUUGCUUCGCUCAACGGCGGCAAGGGCGCGGAGUUGACUGAGGCAGCUCGCCUGAUUGGUACUGUGGACACAAUCAUAGUCAAGUCGGGUUCCUCAUCUUCGGCGUCUUCUGCCCCAGCGUCGAUUCCCUCAAGCCCUCGCCAUGGGCACCAUGACUCUUUCGGCCACUUGGGGUCACACAUCUCCGGCCUGUCUCCCAAUACAUCAUUGAUCUUGGACAACGCUAGCUGGCGUGGUAUCAUCAGCACACUGACCAGAGAUAUGGCGCCUUCUGCCUACUUCGGCCGAACUGCUGUUGUGCUGGCGUCAUCUGGAGAAGAUGCUGCAUCAGUUAUGUACGCCCUGAAAGCACUUCGUAUGGCAAAGAUAUAUACCGUUGGCUUUCGAACACCGCCAGCUCUGGCUCGUGACGGACCCGUCAUUGAGCCGUUCAACAGUCUGGAGAGCCUCAAGAAAGCACAAUCUGUGAGCGACGAUGCAGCUCCCUUUUUAUUUGUUUCGGCGCUUGGGGCAGACAAGAGCAACCUCGUCGGUAUGCUGGUGCGUGUCUUUGGCGCCAAUGUGCGAGGAAGCACAAACUUCAAAAAAGUCUUCCUCGAUCUCGCCGACAACGCAGGUGCAAGAAAAGGCGGCGACCCGGGCCUGAUUGCUCAGCAGGCGGGAUUUUCGGCGUACGGUGUUGCUGAUACGGCCGCCUUUACCACCGUCGAGACUCUGAGGCUGCUGGUCGGUCAGAAUGUGCCCUACAGUUUUGUCAGACUGGCAAGUGGCAGGGGCAUGUUCUGAGUCGUGUAUAGAGGAUCAGCAUUUGAGCUUCGCCAGUCCUUCGGGUGUCUAAGAGGCCGGCUUUAUCUGCGUCUCCUUGUUCUGUCGGACUGGAGGAGCUUUUAACUGGACCAUGGCAAUAGUUUGUAUGUGCCAAUACCGCAAUUCUAUGUCAACCAUGGCCUAUGCCGGGCCACAAGAAGCAAUAUGCACCUUUGGCCAAGCUCCAGAUCCCAGGUAGCUAGGCCACAGGCCAAGGCCUGUGGACUUCCCCACGAUAGCCAAGACAGACCAUCGGCUGUCACCCCCAGUGCGGAGAACGGAGGGAGCGAUCGAGCCAGGCCCGAUGCUGCAUUUCCAUGUCGGCUCGGGGCCUGGAAACUGGAGCUUGAGACCCACAAAGUCAUUUCCGAUGCCAGGUCUCCGAGGAGCUGUGCAAAGCGGAAGUGUGGACGCGGAAAUGGUACAGAGAAGGGCCUAAUUGAGUGGACGACUCAUCGGGCAAGGGGAUGGCCAAUUGCAUGAAUGGCGUUUGUUUGGAAGAGCAAUGUGCUGGUCAGAAGAGAGAUGAGAUGGUUUGUAGGGGGG